AUGUAUCGUCAGGAUUUAAAACGAUCAAUUGCUGAUGUUUUUCGUGUUCAUAUUCUCUUUAAUAAAGGAAUAGAUUCGCCUAUUAACACAAUUGAAUCAAAUACAUUCUUUCAUAUCAAGCAUGAGAAUGUAUAUAUUGUCGCUAUAACUAGAAAUAAUGUGAAUACUGCUUUGGUAUUUGAAUUUUUAUACAAAAUUAUUUCUCUUCAUAAAGGCUAUUUUAAAGAGUUUAAUGAAGAGACAAUAAAAAGCAAUUUUCCAUUGAUUUAUGAGCUUCUUGAUGAAAUUAUGGAUUUUGGAUAUCCACAAAAUACUGAUAUUAAUUCGUUAAAAAUGUAUAUUACAACAGAAGAAAUUAAAUCAGAAGACGACAUUAAAAACAAUUCUUCAAAAAUUACAAGACAUGUAACAGGUGCGAUUUCUUGGAGAGAAUCAGAUAUAAAAUAUCGGAAAAACUCUGCGUUUGUUGAUAUCAUUGAAAAUAUCAACGUAUUAAUGACUGCAAAUACUAUUUUAAGAUCUGAUAUUUCUGGUCAGAUUAUAAUAAGUUCAAAUCUUUCAGGCAUACCAGAAUGUAGAAUUGGAUUUAAUGAUAAAUUGCAUAUUAAUAACAAUGAACCACUAACUAAUUCACCAGGCGCUACCAAAACACUAGAAGCAAUGGCAGGGUAUAUAACUUUAAGGAAUUGUGAAUUUCAUCAAUGUGUCAAACUUAGUUGCUUUGAUACCGAUAGAUCAAUUAUUUUUAUUCCUCCUGAUGGAGAAUUUGAGUUGAUGCGCUAUCGUGUCAUAGAAAAUGUUCAUUUGCCAUUUCGGGUUUUUCCUAUUGUAAAUGAGAUUGGAAAAACAAAGGUCAUAUACCAAGUAACAAUUAAGGCUGCAUUUAGUUCAAGUCUCUUUGCAAAGCAAUUGGUUAUUAAAAUACCAACUCCUUUAAAUACCGCUAGUACAAAUGUUAAAGUAGACCGGGGAAAAGCAAAAUAUGAACCUGCUUCUAAUAGCAUUGUUUGGAAAAUUUCUAAGAUUACAGGACAAAUGGAAUGUUUUUUUACAGGAGAAGCACUUUUAAAAACGAUAUCAGAUAAUAAACAGUGGUCUAAACCUCCAAUAUCAUUAGACUUUUAUAUUCCAAUGUUUACGGGUUCCGGAUUACAUGUAAGGUACUUAAAAAUAUCUGAAAAAAAGGGUUAUAAAAGUGUCAAAUGGUACUUAGAAGAUUCUAUUAAAUUAAAGCUAAAAAAAAUAGGGUAA